ACCAGCUAAGCGAAAAUGGAGGCAACGGUGCUGAGCGUGGGCAAGUCCGUGCUGAGCGGAGCGCUUAGCUACGCCAAAUCUGCCUUGGCGGAGGAGGUGGCCCUGCAGCUGGGAGUACGGCGUGAUCAGGCCUUCAUCACGGGUGAGCUCGAGAUGAUGCAGGGCUUCCUGAUGUGUGCACACGAGGAGGGGCGAGAAGGCAGCAGCAUGGUGGUCAAGAUCUGGGUGAAGCAAGUCCGCGACGUGGCAUACGACGUCGAGGACUGCCUCCUGGACUUCGCCGUCAGGUUAGAUCAUCAGCAGUCGUGGUGGUGUAUCCCCCAAAGGCUGCUUGACCGGCGUUUUGUGGCCAAGGAAAUGAAGGAGCUCAGAACCAAGGUGGAGGACAUCGGCCAGAGGAACGUGCGCUACCGCCUCAUCAAGGAAUCAUCUGGGCAGCCAUCGUCUGCCACUGCCACCAUCAGCAGUGAGGUGAUACUUCACGUCGCUGAAGCCACAACACGUGCUGCGCUUCACCGGGAAAAGGAAAAGGCGGAUCUUGCCGAGCUGAUCACCAGAGAUGGCCAUGGGUCGGUGAUCGCGGUGUGGGGAGCAAGCAGCGAUGUUGGGGUCACAUCUAUCAUCAGAGCUGCCUAUGAUAAGCCAGAAGUAAAAGGUAAGUUUCAGUGCCGAGCCUGGGUAAGGCUGAUGCAUCCCUUCAACCCAAAUGACCUCUUUGUCAGCAUGGUGAGGCAGUUUUACCAAGAUUCAUGUGAUGAAUCUGGUAAAGCAAUUACGCAAGGAGGAGGAACAGCCACUGGACUGACAGUUCUGAAGAAGAUGUCGGCACUAGAUCAUAGUUUGGUCGAUGAGUUUAAUCGGUAUGUGACGGAGAAGAGGUACUUGGUUGUUAUUGCUGAUGUGCAUACCAUAGAAGAGUGGGACUGGAUCAAAACAUACUUCCCAAGCAUGAACGGGAGCCAGAUCAUUGUGUCCACGCAGCAAUUUGAAGUUGCAAGAUUGUGCACUGAGCAGCCGUACACGGUAGCGGAGAUUGAACCAAAAUGGUCAUUCGACAAGGACUUGUAUGUCUUCUACCACAAGCACAAGGUGGAGGCUCAAAUCAAAGGAGGUCACAAGGCCGAGUCCAGCUCAAAUGGUGAGAUCACAAGUGCUGAAGAAGCUCCUCGUGAGGAACAGCAGCACGCAGAUCAGAAGCUCACUAGUGCCAGUGCAGUGGCAGCCGCUUUGGAGGAAGAUCGGCUUAUCAACCGGGUGGCAGCAAAAGCUACAGUUAUUGAGUUACUCAGUCAACCUGGCGAGGUGAUCACCAUUUGGGGAAUGGGAGGUCUUGGGAAGACUACUCUUGUAACAAGUCUCUACCAACAAGAACUCAGUGAAAGAUUUCAGAGGCGCGCUUGGUUCACAGUGCCGCAUUCUCUGAACCAUCUAAGCCAUCAAGAAUUUCAUGAGGACUUGCAACGGCAAUUGAAAGUGGAUUAUCAUGGAGACAAAGAAAAGCCUGAAGGACAGCAAAAUGACAAUGGAGAGGAGACUCAAACAACGGAAAACAAAAAAACUGUUGAAACUUUGGCAGAGAUUUUAUCGAACAAGAAAUGCCUCAUUGUUUUUGACGAUCUAUCAUCCAUCGAAGACUGGCAAUGGAUAAAGCAGCUGUUGCCAUCAAGAGAAAAUACUGCCAACAAGAUCAUUGUCACCACUCGGAAACUGAAUGUUGCCGAGUCAUGUUCGCAGAUAGAAAGCCAGAUAUACAAUCUCGAGCUUCUUAGUGAUGAGGAUGCUCUCCGCCUAUUUGAAAAAAAGGUAUUCAAGGAUGCUAAAGAGAGGGAAACUUAUGGCGACAUUGCAGGCCUAACUGAGCAAGCAAAUCUUGUACUGAAGAUGUGUGACGGCCUUCCUCUUGCUAUAUCCACCAUAGGUAGCUUCCUGGCAAGCAAACCUAAGACUGCUGUAGAGUGGAGGAAUUUGAACAGACAUAUAAGUGCAGAGCUAGAGAUGAAUCAAGAGCUUGGGAUGAUAAAGACAGUCCUUGCUUCAAGUUACGACGGUUUACCUUAUUAUCUCAAGGCUUGCUUCUUGUAUUUAUCCAUUUUUCCGGAAGACCACCGCAUCAGAUGGUCUCGUUUGGUGAGGCAUUGGAUUGCAGAGGGAUACUCAAGGCGAAUACGUGACAAGACUGCAGUUGAAACCGGGAACAGCUACAUCACCGAGCUUAUCAGCAGGAGUAUGGUCCGACCAUUACAAGGAGAUAUGAUUGCAAGUGGGAGGAACGGUUUCUUGGACGUCCAUGAUCUCAUCCGUGACAUUGCAAUCUCAAGGGCAACAGAGGAAAAUCUUGUUUUUACGCUGGAGGAAGGAUGUGACUUGAGCACCCAAGGCAAAAUCCGUCACCUUGCUAUAAGCAGCAGGUGGAGAAGAGACAAAGAUGUAUUUGAGAGUGCACUGGACUUGUCUCACUUAAGAUCACUGACAGUAUUUGGAGUGCUGGAGGAAUAUUUCAUUUCUGUUAAGAUGAGAUUACUCCGAGUACUGGACUUGGAAGACACAAAGGGUCUGACAGAUCAGCACCUCCAUCAGAUUGGGAAGCUUGUUCACCUAAUUUACCUUUCUCUACGAGGAUGUGAUGGGCGCUUACGCCUUCCAGAUUCACUGGGUAAUCUGAGGCAUCUACAGACACUGGAUGUAAGAGAUGUAUGCAUAAUAAAUCUACCAAGAACAAUUGUCAAGCUUGACAAGUUAAGUUAUCUCCAGGUGGGCUUUGUACCAAGGAAUGAUGACAAGGGAACAGGAAGAUGGGUUGACGAGGAACGCAUAGAGCAGGCUAUCCUUGACAGCAAGUUCAAACCCUUACGAUUGAACAAAUGCAGCUGCCAGAAGAUCCUCAUAAGCACCUGCUGCUGCUGCUGCUGCUUUCCGGUGAUUUUUGUAUUAGUUCGCCUCUUUUGCUUCCUGGUUAACUUACUAGUUGUCCUCUGGUACUCGCUGUUUUUCCUUCGGCGUUUCUUAUGCGUGCUUACAAGAGAUGGUUGUGCCGGGUUGCCUGCUUACUUUAUGGGGAUAGAUCCAUCUGGUGUCAAAUUCCCGAGAGGAACUGGGAAACUCAAGUCCCUGCACACGGUGGGUGUUGUCAAUAUCGACGGAGAAAAUGCCAUUCUUAAAGAGCUCCAAGAUCUUACCGAGUUGCGUAAGUUAAGAGUGACUGGUCUGAACAAGAAAAAUUGCAAAAACUUCUGUUCGACCAUCGCCAAUCUCAAAUCCCUGGAAUCUUUGUUUGUGCGGUCAGAGGGGAAGCCGGGUCUAUCUGGCUGCUUUGAUGACGAUGACCUGUCCGAGCCUCCAAAGAACCUUCAAAGCCUCAAGCUGUACGGCAACUUGGUCAAACUGCCGGCAUGGAUCAUGAAGCUCAGAAAUCUCGUGAAGAUGGAGCUACGGAGCAGCUGCAUAUCUGAGGAGGAGGUUUAUACCACGCUACAAGUCCUUGGCGGGCUACCAAACCUGGCAAUCUUACGUCUGCUGGGUGGGUCGUUCGUUGGUCAAAGGCUAUGUUUGAGCUUCCAAGGGAAUGCAUUUCCAAGCCUCAAGGUGCUGGCGCUGGAUCUCCCGGGUGGCAUCGAAUUAGUCAAGUUUGAAGGCGCAGCAGAGACAAAUAAGCUUGAGGAAUUCAGUUGGUAUUCGAGUAAGAAAGAAGCUUGGAUGUUUUCUGGACUACCAUCUCUGCCAAGCCUGAAGGAAGUUGUACUCAGCGGUGCCACGAAAAAUUUCAUGGAUGGCUUGCGAGCCCAGUUUGCUGGGAAAACAAACCAACCCAUUCUGAAGCUCAAGAGUCAAGCGGAUUGA